AUGCAGGGAUCUCCGUCACGAAACGCUGCGGCGCAUCAUGGUUUUGGGAUUGGGUCUUGCUGCAGGGCUUCGAAGAGACUCGCCUUUGCGGGGCUCAUCUGCAUUUUCGCCCCUGGUCAGCUCUCUCUCUCUCUCUAUGUACGUAUGCAUGUUGUCUGAGUGCAUGAAUAGACAUGUAUCAGAGUUUCUUGACGCGUCUUCUCUGCGGCAGGAGGAGCAAUCGUGGGAGCCAUUACGGGGGCUAUCAAGGGCCAGACGACGGAGACGGGCCUGCUGCGUGGGGCAGCGAUUGGCGCGGUGGCCGGUGCAGUUGUCUCUAUGGAGCUGCUGGAGGCGUCCUUCGAGGGAGACCCAUCCUCCAAGGUUGGCUCUCCCUCUGUUCUCUCUCCUUCCUCCCCACAGUCCUCUCUCCUUGCUUCCUCUGCAGAUAAAAAAUCCUAAUUUUCUCCCAUGAUCCACCAUGAUUCAGGUCUCCCUUUUGGCGAGCCUGGUGAGCGGGAAGGCCUUCAGGGAGCUGGUGAGCCCUGCGAUGCUCAAGGCCUACCAGUGGCAAGUGAGCACGCUGGACGCCUCCGAGAGAGAGACCUCCGAUAUUUUCGAUACCAGCAGCAUAAAGGGCAUAUCUUCCGAGGCCAUGGGGAUGCUGCCGAAAUUCAAACUCCACAGUCUGUCAGCAAGCCAAUUCGGAGAGAGACCAUGCGCGAUUUGCCUGCAGGUAAGCGAGAAGAGAUUAAUAUUAUCUCCGGAAAGACCAUCUGCAUCCCGUUGAUUUCUAUGUUUACCGACUUUUCGGCGUUUCAUCGCAUUUGGCCGUUGCGAUUCCCAGCGUCAGUCCAUCUUCAUCUAAUGGUUGUGGUGCUUCACCGCUCUGCUUCUACCUUGGGCCUGUAGUCUAGUGAAGCACCUGGAGUGUAGAGAGAGAAAGAGAGCUGCGACAAGUUCACAGUUCCAUUUACCCAUUUACUGUAUGCGGCUCCGUGAAUAGGUAUAUAUAUAUCUAGAGAGAGAGGGAGAGGAGUGAAAGAGGCUUGCAAUUCCGUUUAUUUAUAUGCGGUGUGACUUGUGUGGAGAGAGAGAAAGAGAGGGAGCAAUGACCUGUUUUUCCUUUUCCAUCGCAGGAAUUUGUGGAUGGACAGGGCGCCAGAAGACUACCCAGCUGCGGGCACCUCUAUCACAUGGCUUGUGUAGAUAGGUGGCUGGUGAGGAAUAGCUCCUGCCCCAUUUGUAGGCAAGAUGUCUGUGUCAUUUCCUUGUAA